UUAAAAAAAACCUAACAAUAGAAUCUUAAGAAAUAAAUGACAUAUUGACGUAUCCCUAAUGAUGAAAAGUGUAGUAUGGAAACAUUUCGAUAUAAGUCCCAUGGAUGAAACUAAAGCAAUAUGCCGAAUAUGUACCACAAUCAUAUCACGAGGCUCGAAAUUUUCAACAUCAGCUCUUCUAAAUCAUUUGAGGACCAAACAUAAUCUUGAACUCAAAACUUGGGAAUCUUCGGAUUCGGAUUGUUUAGACGGCACUAAUUUCGCCAACGGUUACCGUUACCCGGUUCUCAUCCAAUCCGACGAUGGUUCCGGAUCGAAUAAACCAUCCCGUAGGCCAGGCCCUUGCGAGGCGGUGUUCUCUGGUAAAACGGAGCUGGGCGGGGCCCUCAAGGCUCGCGAUCCGCGUCUCGGUCUCAUCGCCCGCGGCGGGAAUACCAAGAGCCCGGUGUGGCGUACGUUUAGGGUGGUCACGUUCGAGGGCAAAAGGACCAAUCACAUCGCUUGCCACACGUGCUUGCAGGUCUAUAGAUACGAUUCUCAUCACAUGGGAACUUCCAACCUUUAUCGGCAUAAGUGCAUCCUCCUGAAUUGCGAGAAUUCGCAAGAGGAAGGCGAAUACGCCAAUGGCAUAACUGUUGAUGAAGAUCAAGAUUUGAUGGAUGCUUCCUACCAUGACCACCCCUUCAACGAAUCUAAUCUCAAUUCUCAAGAUUCUUUCUUCGACGAUAAACAAGAUGCCCCUCAUCAAUUAGUGGCCAGUCCCUCGCAAAUCAGUCCGCUUUCCGAGUUGGACUACGCCCUCGGCUCUUCCCGGUUAUCCGGCAAAUCCAAUUUGAAUGGGCACGAUAAAUAUUUCAAAUCCCAUCCCAAAUUCAAUUCCACGCAAAUAUCCGAAAAUAUCGCUUUCGCCGAUCCGACUCAAUCGAACCAAGAAAGCGUUAAAGUUGAAUAUAUGUCCAACGAGGAGAUGGAUUCCGCUGACCUGAUUUCAUCGAGCGUAACCGAAUUUUUCCGCGAUUUCUCAUCCGAUAACGAGAGGGCCCUGGAUUUCUGGAAAAAGAUAUCGGAUCUGGGGUUGAUGAAGCAUUUCGUGAGGGUCAUCAAAGACAGGUUGGAUCAUAUGGAAGGUAUCAUAUCCAAAAGUAGCGCCGCCGAUCAAUCGCAGACUAAAUUGGAAGAUUCCAGCGCCGAUAAUCGCAAAGAUCCUCUAACCAUGCUUAACGAGCCCGUUAUAUGCGCCAAAAAGUUGAGUGUUUUGGUCAACAGCUUAGGAUUGAACGCGACACUCAAGCGGAUGUUUUAUUAUCACCGUAGAAACGUCGUGAUCGAGCAAGACAAAAAUAAGAGAGAACUCAUUAAUUUGAAGAGAAAACUGGAGGCGGAACAGACCAAGGGCGAAAGAUUAAAAAAGAAAAACGCCUGUUUCAUAGAAUUGAUCCAGCAUCAAGAUCAAUUGCAAACUCUCACCGACGAUCUGGAAGAAGCAGAAAACGGGAGGAAAGACGUCCCGUUGUCGCGCGACAUUGGAAAAAAAACUCCCAACUCUAAACCUCCCUCCUCUAGCGAUAUAAAUCAAUCUGAGUCAUACGGUAGCAAGAGUUCGAUUAAAAUCGAAAUGAUCAACAAGGAUCUUAAGGAAUCAGAAUCGGAGGUUCUAUCCGAAAAUCAGGAUUUGAUCGAUAUAUCCCGAGCGUUCUUUCCCGAUUCCAGCUCUCCUCUCACUUGCCUCACCUCUUCCUACCAACCUCUUCCGACUCACUCAGCACGAUCUCAUACCCCGGUCACCGAAACCGAGCAACAGCCAACGACAAUCGAAUCCGAUGACAAUAAGAUCGGUAACGACAAUAAUUUGGAAAUCGUGGAAUUUAUGUCGCCAAACACCGUCGAGGAAUAUGCUCACUUCGUCAACUCGAACCGCGAUUUGGAUGACGAGAAUAAUUUGAGGCCCGAAGUUGAUAGGACAAAUCUUAAAGUGGCGGAAUAAUUUUUGUUUUUUUUAAAGUUAACCAGUACCCCUCCGCUUACCUUUGCUUCGAUUUCUUAGGAUUAUAAAAUACGGUAAAAUUUAUCUAAUUUUGGCUCUCUCGAUAAAUUCUGGGCAAUUCCCUAAUUUUUGAAUAAGAUUCUGAGUAUCACUUCAAAUAUUUCCUAUUAACUGCUAUCGGCCCUUGAUAAAUAUGGUCAACUGUCUAAGUUAGGAACCCAGCGAUGCCAAAAUUAGACAUGUUUUGCUGUAAUAUAUAUACUAUAUAAUAUUAUUUUUUUAAAUAAAAAAUUUGCAUAUGUAAAUAUAUAUAUAUAUAUCCUUUUUGUAUUAAUUAAUUCUUAUUUUAUUUUAUUUCAUUCUUUUGCAUUCAACCAACUUGUCAUUUUUUUUUUCUCGAUUAAUAUAAUUAUUUAUAUUUUACAACAUUUUUAUUUUACACCCCAAUUGUAAAAAUACCCCUUUAUGAUAUUAUUGUUUAAUAUAUAAGUGACCUGUUUUAUAAUUUUUUUUUUCUUUAAAAAUGAAUCUAAAGUUAUGUGCAAAAAUUUUAUCUUACACCUUUAUUU